AAUAAAAUCGCCACCCCUUUCGCUCUCCUCUCCGUGCAACUUCCCUUUCUCUUACAUACAAGACUCUCCGCGGGAGAUUGUUGGAAACGAAGAACCUUCAUUUCCCUCAAUCUCUGUCUUUCUCUCUCUACACGCUCGCAUUCUCGCAGAUCUCGCAAUCCCCCACAUCCAUGGCGUUCGCGGACGGCUCGAGCUCGCGGCAGUCGCUGAUCCCCAGCUUCCUCUACGCCUCCUCGUCCUCGUCCUCGUCCUCGUCCUCCUCCGCCUCCAAGUCGCUCUACCUGGAGAAGAUGCUCGGCUCCGGCCCCCGGUCCUUCCCCGCCCCCGCCUCCGCCUCUGCCUCCGCCUCCUCGCCGGCCGCGGAUCGGAGCGCCUUCCUGAUCCCGGCGCCCAACGAGCCGUCGAAGAAGAUCGCGAUGUACUCGCCGGAGUUCUACGCUGCCUGCACCGCCGGAGGCAUCCUCAGCUGCGGCCUCACUCACACGGCCGUCACGCCCCUCGACCUCGUCAAGUGUAAUAUGCAGAUUGACCCUGCAAAGUACAAGAGCAUUUCAUCUGGCUUUGGAAUUCUAUUUAAAGAGCAGGGCGUCAGAGGUUUUUUCAGGGGCUGGGUACCCACUCUGCUUGGUUAUAGUGCCCAAGGUGCCUGCAAGUUUGGCUUCUACGAGUUCUUCAAGAAAUAUUAUGCCGACAUUGCUGGACCUGAGUAUGCAACCAAGUACAAGACAUUAAUCUACCUAGCGGGCUCUGCAUCAGCUGAGGUCAUAGCCGAUGUUGCACUUUGCCCCUUCGAAGCAGUGAAGGUCAGAGUGCAAACUCAGCCAGGAUUUGCAAGAGGUCUGUCAGAUGGAUUACCCAAGUAUAUAAAAUCUGAAGGCGCUCUUGGGUUAUACAAGGGCCUUGUUCCUCUCUGGGGUCGUCAAAUACCAUAUACGAUGAUGAAGUUUGCAUCUUUUGAGGCCAUUGUUGAGAUGAUGUACAAAUAUGCCAUUCCCCGACCAAAAGAUCAGUGCAGUAAAUCUUUGCAGCUCGGUGUCAGUUUCGCUGGUGGUUAUGUGGCAGGUGUUUUCUGUGCUGUCGUGUCUCAUCCUGCCGACAAUCUUGUCUCUUUCCUCAACAAUGCUAAGGGAGCAACCGUUGGUGAUGCUGUGAAGAAAAUGGGUAUGGUGGGUCUCUUCACCCGUGGUCUUCCCCUCCGUAUAGUCAUGAUCGGUACCCUUACUGGAGCCCAAUGGGGUAUCUACGAUGCAUUCAAAGUUUUUGUGGGGCUGCCAACGACGGGUGGUGUUGCUCCGGCUGCUGCUGCAGCCUCUACUGAGCUUGCCAAGGUUUAGAAUGUCUUAGUGACCAAGGGGAUCGGCAUUUGUCUCAGGCAUGAAGACUCAUCUGCAAUUGGAAGUGAUAAUAAUAGUAGAUUUGCUGGGGCUGGUUCAAUGGCUCUCGAAGUGAUUUGACUAUUCUUUCAUAUUCGGAACUCAAGUGUUCAAUUUUUACUUGACUGAUUUUUGUUUUGGGGAGGAUGGCUAGGUCCUUGUCCUUCGGAUCCAUUAAAUCUUUUUGUAGCUAGGUCCUACGUUCUAAAUCCGGUUGAAACUAAGGUUUGGCAUCCCCCCUUGAACGCUGACAGAGGCAUACAAUUAAAUAAACAGACAGUUUGGGGGCCAUAGUAGGAGGUAUACUUUUGGAGACUUUGAGAUAA